UAAAUUGAACGAGCAUCUCUAUAUUUAUUUAUUGAAAACAAUUUAAUACAUGAUUUAAUUCAUAUUACACUCAUCAAAACCAAUUCAUAUUGUUAGAAAAGAAAUAAAAUGCCAGCUGAGAAUUUAGCAAGUCUAUCGCUUGACGCGAUUUUUACAUCUGAAAAGAAUGGAAAUGAUGAAAGUGGCCGUGGCACUGAGUCAUCACCAUUCAAAACUAUAUUACAAGCUAUGCGCCACGCUGGAAAAGAGCCUUUUCCUACAAUCUAUGUAGACGCAAAGGAUUUCUCAUCCGAAAGUGCAUUCGAGCCGGCUGCUAAAGCGCAAUUGAAGAAAAUUCAAAAAAUAUGGGUUCGUGAAGUUAGUAAAAAUGCCGAUAAAUCAAAGCGCGAAGAAGAGGAUGCUAAAAAACGUGAACAAAACCUCGAAGAUGCACGAAAAAUUGAAAUAAAUGAAGAUCCAGCAUGGCCCCAAGCAAAAUCUAUAAAAAUCCGUGAAUCAGUUGCCAAUCGCGAGAUUCGUAUAAAAAUCUACGGAUGGGUUCAUCGCCUUCGUCGACAAGGCAAGGCCUUAAUGUUCAUUACACUUCGGGAUGGUACUGGUUACAUUCAGUGCGUUUUGACUGAUUUACUUUGCCAAACAUAUGAUGCUUUGGUGCUAUCAACGGAAUCAUCGAUUGAAAUCUAUGGAACAAUAAAAGAAGUUCCCGAGGGAAAGACAGCUCCAGACGGACAUGAGCUAAAGGUUGAUUACUAUAAGGUAAUUGGAAUGGCACCCUCCGGCGGGAGUGACACGAUUCUAAAUGAAGAGUCCCAUCCAGAUGUUCAACUUGAUAAUCGUCAUAUUUUGAUUCGUGGCGAAACGGCUUCCAAAGUACUGAAAAUGAGAAGUGUUGUUUUGCAUGCAUUCCGUUCUCAUUACUAUGAUCGGGGCUAUACCGAAGUGACACCACCCACUUUGGUGCAAACUCAAGUCGAAGGAGGAGCCACUCUAUUUAAAUUGAAAUAUUUUGACGAGGAGGCUUAUCUUACACAAAGCUCACAACUGUACUUAGAAACAGUCCUACCAGCCUUGGGAGAUGUUUAUUGCAUUGCCCAAAGCUAUCGUGCUGAAGCAAGUCGAACUCGUCGACACUUGGCCGAGUACAGCCAUAUUGAGGGCGAGUGUCCAUUCAUCACGUUUGACGAAUUGCUUGAUAGACUUGAAGAUUUGGUAUGCGAUGUUGUUGACCGAGUAUUAAAAUCGCCUUUUGGACAUUAUGUUAAAGAAUUCAAUCCGGAUUUCGAACCACCAAAACGGCCAUUCCGACGAAUGAACUAUAGGGAUGCCAUUGAGUGGCUGAAAGCGAACAAUGUGACGAAAGACGACGGAACAUUUUACGAAUAUGGUGAAGAUAUCCCAGAGGCUCCAGAGCGGCGCAUGACUGAUACAAUCAACACCCCAAUAAUGUUGUGUCGCUUCCCAUCCAAUAUCAAAUCAUUCUAUAUGUCAAAGACAGCCGAAGAUCCCUCACUCACUGAGAGUGUCGAUGUACUUUUACCAGGUGUUGGUGAAAUUAUUGGCGGUUCAAUGAGGAUUUAUAAGAACGAGGAAUUGCUUGAAGGCUACAAACGAGAGGGCAUCGAUCCAACUCCAUAUUAUUGGUACACUGAUCAAAGACUUUUUGGAGGUCAACCACAUGGCGGAUAUGGAUUGGGCUUAGAACGCUUCCUGUGCUGGCUUCUAAAACGUUAUCAUAUCCGUGAAGUUUGCUUAUACCCACGAUUCAUCGGCCGCUGCAAACCAUAAACAGAGACCGAAAUUAAUAAGAAGAUGCGUCGAGAUGAUUCGAUUCAGAUGAAACAAAUUUGAUUGAUAAAUUAUUAUUUGUCUUGUGUUACGUUGCGAAUACACGUCUGUACCCAGGAUUGAUAAAACAGAUUUUUUUCAUCAGUCCAGAUCCACCCGACGAAUUUUCAGAAAUAAUCUUAUAAAGUUCACAAUUCGAUCCGAUCCGAUUUCACGACACUUGCUAUAAUUUAAUAUGAAUUUAAUAGUAAUAAUAAUAACAACUUGUUUUUCCAGCAAUCUCUCACGAUAAAAACAAUGAAAGCAUUUCACAUAUGAAAUUCAAUAAAAAUGCAUUUUUACAUGUAAAUCGAAACCUUAAGAAAUAUCAUCAAUAAAGCACUUUAGGAAAUUUUCAACAAAA